AUGGCCGCCGCCAUCACCAGCUGGGUGCUCAACCCAAUUCAAUCUUUGACAAUGUCUCGACCGCGUACUCGCGAAUUAUGGUGUGCUGUUCCUGGAAAUCUUAGGCAGCCAUUCUCUAUAGAGUGCAUUGCAGACCAAGACAAUAUUCAGACACUCAAAAAGAAGAUUUGGGACCAUGCACCAGCACACGCCAAGAAAGAUGCAGCUGACUAUGGUGAUCUCACCCUCUACAGCCCUGUGGUGCAACUCAACUAUGAAGAGGAGUUUAAAAUUGAUAAUGGUGAACUUCUACAUCCCCGCCGAAUGGUCACAUUCAACCCACUCUUCCCUGAAAGCAAGGAUCCAGAUGUGGAUAUCAUUGUUGUUGUGGCCGGAGGUGCGACUACACGGAAACGGAAGCGCUCUGAAUCACAAAGUGCGAAUAUACGUCGGACACUGUCCAUCGCAGAGCAUCAAUUGGUAUGCCCUCGAGAGCGUACAGUGUCAAAACUUGCAGCCAUUUUGGAUGACAUGAACAUAGUCCAUGUGCGUGGAACUCCAGCCAGUGGGAAAACACGUCUCUCUGAACUCUUGAGAGACUACUAUCGCAAAGAGGGAAGAAAGGCUUUCUUAAUCAAGAAAUGGGAGGAACUUGAUUCUGAGGAUCCUUGGGGCAGCCUUAUUGAGCUUGUCAAAAAAAAGAAUAAGGAACUAGAAGGUGUCUCCACCACUAGUUUCACUGUGACCUCAUCACAAUCUGAACAUGAUCUCUCUUGGGUUUUGACAUCAAACACUGUUAUUAUUGUGGAUGAGGCACAGACAACCUACAGUGAUGAUACGCUCUGGAACACAAUCUUCAAAGAGAGACUAACCCCCAAUGUUUACAAAUUUAAACUAUGUCUUUUCUGCUCUUAUGGCAGUCCGGCAACAGGCCCAGAUCAAACAUUCUUCACUCCAGUCAGGCUUUCCAACCGACAAUGCAUCUCAUUUACGCCACAAGGCCAGCAAAACUCACCACCUAUUGGUUUAUUUUAUGACAAAGAGGAGUUCAAGGAUGUCGUUUCACGGUUGCUUACAUUUCAAUAUGAAGAGAGGUUCAAUUUUGAUGAAGGUGCCCUGGAGUAUAUAUUUGCAAUAUCAAAUGGCCAUCCAGGAGCGGUGACAUCGAUAGUUGAUGUACUUUACGAGGCCUAUCGUCAAGACAUCAAGCAUGAACAUAUUAGGACCUUGACAGAAGAUCAUAUCAUCUGGUUCCUGGAGGACGCUGCCACAGUCUUUGACAAACUAAGCACCCGGCCAGUUAAUCGCUCCUUUCCAGAUAUAUCAAGAGCUACAAAUGGAAUCUCCAACACAUUGUGCAAAAUCACAGAAGAAGGAAGUAUUUCAUUUGAUAUCAAUGAUGCAAGCAUCAAGUUCUGUUAUCAGAAAGGUUGGAUUCACAGGGUAGCUCUGGAUGGUGAUGAUAUUGCAGUUCUGCCAUCACGCUUACAUGAAAAAUACAUUGAAUAUUCGAUUGGCACAAUGUCACUGCCCCUGCCUGCCAGAUUCGACUCACUACCAAAAUUAUGCAAGGAAAUCCUCAGCAAAUUCUCCAUAAUGAACUUAAGGCAUUCAGUUGAGGGCAAAAAAAUGUCAAGCGCGUCACAACCCAGACCUGUGGAAGCCCAAUACCAGGAUGAAUUCUAUGGGGGAUUCACCCAUGUAGCAGGGCGAGGUGUGCCGAUAUCCAGUGAAUGGUCAAGGACCAAGGACGGUCGAGUGGAUUUCUAUAUCCCAGAAAAGAAAUGGGCGAUUGAAUUAUUGAGAAAUCAUGAUAAAGUUGAUGAACAUAUCUCCCGAUUCAAGGAGGGUGGCAAAUAUCAUCCCUGGCUAAAGGAGAAUAUGGUUGAAGAUUGGAUCAUAAUCGACUGUGCGACUUCUUUACCAACCAAAGGGUUCUCAGAGCCUAGGCUAUGGCAUGCUGUAUUCAUCAAUGAUUAUUCUGAAUUGCAGCUGUAUGACUAUCAGAAAGUUCUUAUGAUGUCUGUGCAUCUAAGGAAUUGA